GGAUUCUGACCGAUUAAGGAGAACCGGAACGACAGAACAGACCUCACCAGCCCUUCUCGUUCUGGCCCUUUUUGUCGGGAUGCUGGGGUUUACUGUGGAGAAGCGGAAGGGAGGAAACAGACGGGUUCCGACGACGGCGGUCAGCGACUUGCCGAUUCCGAUCUUGAUGGACAUUUUCUCAAGACUUCCUGUGAAGACGGUCUUUAUCUGCAGAGCCCUCCACAUGGUUCCUAUGGACACGGCCGGUAUCUUGAUGAGAAACUCAACCUCCUCAACUCGAAGCUCUUCCAGAGGUUUUCAGAUUUCCCAUUUGCCGUGCAUCGAUGUAGUCAAUUCGUGCAAUGGAUUGCUUUGUCUACGGACACCCAUAUACGAUGAUCCUGGCAUGGUAUGCAAUCCGGUCACGGGUGAAUACGUGAGUAUUCCAAGGUCCAAGAGGAAACAUGGAUGGGCUAGACAGCAUCUUGGAAUUGGAUUUACUGCGUUUGGCUUCAGUUUCAGAACUUACCGAUGCAAGGUGAUUCGAUCGGUCCAUCUAUUCGUUUCGACUCCUAAUGACUCUUAUUUUCAUGAUCGCGAGGCAGAGAUAUUCACAGUUGGUGAAGAUUCAUGGAGAAGCAUUGGACCUGCUCCCCUGUUUCCGUUUGAGUCAUCAGCUACUGUUUUCUCGAAAGGAGAGGUUCACUGGCUCUGUACUGACAGCAAAACUGUUGGUUCAAUAACAUCUUUUAACUUUGAGGAUGAGAAGUUUGGUGAAAUCCCAUCGCCAUUUCACUACAAAAGAGGGGGAUGUAACGUGAGGAUGGGAAUUCUAGGAGAGUGUCUCUACCUUACUGACAUUGUUUCUUAUGAUAGGUUUGAAGUAUGGGUGAUGAAGGAGUAUGGAGUUCAAGAUUCGUGGACAAAGGAGUUUGUCAUCGAAAAUCAAGGGCUCUAUGUAUGGCCAAGGGGCUUAUACCAGCCUAUUAAGUAUCUGCAAAAUGGGGAUGUUCUAAUGUUUCAUCCGAGCAAUGCUUUUGCCGCUUAUAAUCCUUCGAAAAAAGGUUUCAGGUGCUCCAUGUCAGAGAUUUGGGAGGAUAAUGAAGCACUUCACUUCGUGGAAGAAGACAAGACAAAAGAAUUAGAUUCUUAUUGGAUUAGUUAUCCGUUAAUUUGAUCAUGAAAAUAGGGUCAUAUUGAGUUUCUUUCAUUUCUUGAUGUGGCUUUUGUGCCUUUCGUAAUCCUUCCUGGCGAACGGACUUCAAGAGGAGCUGUUGAUCUCUUUGUUUUGAACCAACUAAUUGGAAACUUUUUACCCAAAUUUUGGCCCUCUUUAUUGCUUUUUUUGUAAAUUGUACUCAUUGUAAUCCUGAAGAUGUGAUAGACUUAGAGAGGAGCUUGCUACUAUUUCCUUUGUUUCAUUGAAAUGCCAUUAGAUGAUAAGGUUCUGAUCAUCCAUCCGUGUGUUUAGACCUUAGAUUAAUAUGACCCAAAAAUCAGUCAUAACCAGGAACUUUAUCAUCUUUAUGAGAAGACUUUUGUUUAUCUUGAGGAUGCCCAUAGGGAUUAUUAAUGUAAUGUAUUUAUUUAUUUUUUAUUUUUUUAUUUUUUUUAUAAUUGUAAUGCAAUGAAUUUCUAUUAAAUAU